AAAUGUCUCUGAAUCCAAGGCAACGGAGACACGGAAUAUGCACGACUAGCCAAGCCUCGAUUGAGCCAAUCAGACUAUGACGCGUCCUGACGUGAGGGGAACAUUGGCACAGUAUAUAAUGCCUGUAAACCUCGAGGUUCUCAGACCCUUGAAGCCCCAUAUCCAGCCAACAUCAUUGAAAAUAUCUCAAAAUGACAGUCCACGAAGUCAAGAACCUCGCCGAGUUCAGGGAUACCCUUGAGAAAAACACAGUAGUCCUCGCAGACUUCUGGGCCCCAUGGUGCGGACCAUGCCGAUUCAUCAGCCCCGUCGUGGAGAAGAUGUCAGAAACCACUGACUCUAUCCACUUUAUCAAGGUCAACGUUGACGAGGCUGAGGAUGUGUCUCAAGAGUACGGCAUCCGAGCGAUGCCUACCUUUAUCCUCUUCAAGGACGGUGACAAGGCUGAUGAGGUUGUGGGAGCGGACCCUUCCAAGUUGGAGAAGCUUGUCAACGAGUACAAGAGCUAGAUGUCCACUGGGAAUUCGACCAUGGGCGGAGGGGCAUGUUUAUGCCUAGACUUGAGUGGAUAUUGGAGAGUUUGUACCUCAGCAACACAAAGGUCCUGCGCUUCAUGAAAUGUUAUUUCCCUACUCAUUUCAGUCUUGGUGAAGUCGUUCCAACCACGGAUGCACAUGUGCGAAGGGACAUCAAAUGCCGAGAACUCUGGUGAUGCUCGGGCUCUUGUACUACCACAGUGAGCACUUGGGAUAGUCGGCCAAUAUCUGCCGAGGUGUUGCAAUCGUGGAUCAAACGGAACUCUGUAUAAGCUGUGGUAUAGCCAUGGCGUAUCCCUGCAAGACAAGCAGUUACACACGUCCCCAGCCUCGAACUAUAUAACCGCCUGUGAUCCAUCUUCUGAAACCCCACCAAGCUAAUCGGACAAGUCAUCGAAAAAGUUCUGCCAUCAAGACUUUUAUUGCAUUUAUUCUUUAGAGAGUCAAGAUGGUAGUGCAUGAGAUUCAUUCGUUAGCACGACCCCAUCCUCCCUUGUAACCCCCAUUUAUUAAGACAAACACAGCCAUGAAGAGUUCAAAGAAGCUCUUGAAAACCACUCUAGGUUCUCUCUGCUGGAAUAAGCUCACAGCCACAAAUCUCAACUAUAAAUAACACUUCAAGCCCACAACUUAGACAUCAAUACCGUGAUGACUGACCAAUAACUCUUGAAAACCACUCACUGGUCUUUGUUGAGUUUUGGGCUACCUGGGUCGGCCCCUGCCGUGUCAUCAAACCCACGAUUGACAGGUAAGCCACCCCGUCUUUCGAGCACAUUCUUAUUUACAUGAUGCAACAGACUGUCAAAGAAUGCCGAGAAUGAACACGUGUUCUUCUGCUCGGUCGAUAUAGACAAUGUGUCCGAGGUCUCUGAAGAUCAGGGCAUUAGAGUAACGCCAACAUUGAUGGUUUUCGAGGACGGGGUCAAGCAGCAUGAGGUUAUCGGGGCCCAUCCACCGGCUAUUCAUGCGAUGCUGCAGAAGGUUUCUAAGAAGGAGUCGGAGACUUGAGUGCUGUCUUCUAUGAGGGAAGGACUUGAUGGAAGGAUAUUUACAUCUGGGAUUCCUUUUGUUGGAUUGUAGUAAGCUUAGCUACUCAUCCGUUAUGAUAAUGGCACAGCCUCUAAUAGCUACGAAGCAUAAAGAAGUGAGAGAACAUACUUUGAAUUUCAAAGAAAUGUAUUGAAACAAAGGGAUUAAAGAGUCCUCAAACC